UACAGGAAGCUGAUACCAUGGCCUAUAUAAAACAUGUCCCAUCUAGAUCUAGAUGCUCAUGCAGGUGGAAGAAUUUCGCAACCUUUAUACAUGUAUUUUUAAUGUGUGUAUGGAUCAUAUGAUAACAUGACUAUAACAAUAUGCCAAUCACUGUGAUGUAAAAACAUACCAAAAUGAAUAAUUCUGAAUCCGUAUUCUCUGCAGGAUGCAAUCUGCGCUCCCAGGUUUCAUUCAACAAAAACAUCAAACCCCACUGCGGCGGCGAGGCCCUGAAACAUUGAUUUUUUGACAGCUACAAAUUUGUUACACCCCGCCGGUCAUAGGGCAUUGUCCCCCCACUGAAAAGCACCUAUAAUAUUUAGAUUCUCCCUCGGGGCCAUUACCACGUGCCCUUAUUGUUUACCCUGUGUGCAAAGGUGAGGCAAUGCUGAGAUGACGGUCAUAUAACAACCACCAACCAACCUAAUUGCUUGUUCAUUCACUGUCACAAGGGCUGGCUGUCGAUGAGGUGGAAUCUGUCCGUUGCCUCUCAGCUCCAGUGGAGCUUGAUUCUUUCUUGUACGUGAUUCAAAGGCGUACGUUCAGUUUGGAUUAUAUGCUUAUCGCUGGCAAGAUUUUGACGUUAUAUAUUUUGGAAUUUUAGAACGAAGGACAUGCCAUUCAAGCUGAUGCGCCACUCCAAGUUCCGGCAUGUCUACGGCAAGCCGUACCGCAAGGAGAAGUGCUACGAUGGUAUCAACAUCAGCAGGAAUGCCCACGAAAACAACUUCUGCGCCGUCAACCCCCUCUUCGUUGCUAUCGUCACGGAGACUGCUGGGGGAGGGACGUUUGUUGUUAUUCCUCUUGAUAAUGUUGGUCGUAUUCCAGUCAACUAUAGCAAGGUGUGUGGUCACACUGGGAACGUCAUGGAUAUUAAAUGGGAUCCUUUUGAUGAUCAUGUUAUAGCAUCAGCAGCAGAAGAUGGAAAGGUCCGGAUUUGGCAGAUUCCCGAUGGUGGAUUGACAGAGAAUUUGGAGAAGCCUAUGAUAACGCUCAACGGUCACAUUAGGCGAUGUAGUGCCAUCGAGUGGCAUCCCACUGCCAAAAACAUCCUUGCUAGUGCAGGUUAUGAUAAAAUGUUAUUGAUCUGGAAUGUUGGUACUGGUGAGAUUGCAGUGACGAUAGAUUGUCAUCGUGAUAUCAUGUUCAGCUUAUCCUUCAACUGGGAUGGCAGCAGACUAGCUACGACAUCAAAAGACAAACUGAUCAGGGUCAUUGACCCCAGGAAUGGUGCUGUAAUGCAGGAGGGCAAAGGUCAUACUGGUACCAAGAGUUCAAAGUGCAUCUAUGCUGGUGACACAGGACGACUGAUCUCAGUAGGUCACAGCCAACACUCAAAUAGACAAGUCUUCCUGUGGGAUCAGGAUAAUCUCAGUACACCAGUUGCCACGGCGGAUCUAGGUACCGGAACAGGAAUUCUCUUCCCAUACUACGACUCGGAUAGCAAUGUUCUCUAUGUAGCAUGCAAGGGUGACUCCAGCAUAUGGUACUAUGAGAUCCUUUCCGAGAAGCCAUACCUCUUCUACCUGAAUCAGUUUAUGUCAGCCGGUCCGCAGCGAGGCCUGGGCUUCAUGCCAAAGAGAGGGGUUGAUAUGAUGACCAAUGAGGUCGUCCGGUUCUAUAAGGUUCACGCAAGCAAGAAUUUCUGUGAACCGAUCUCAAUGAUUGUACCAAGAAAGGGAGAUGCAUUCCAAUCCGAUCUGUAUCCAGACACUGUCAGUGAUCAGCCUGCCCUCACAGCUGAACAGUGGCUGUCUGGUAUCGAUGCCCCGCCCAACCUCAUGUCGCUGGGAGGGGUACCACGCCCCAUCAGUGCAUUCCCUCCAGCCCCCACCCCAGCGAAGGUCCCUCUCAGGGAAACCAGGAAUAGUGACAACAUAUCCAAAGUCUCAUCUUCAACAUCGUCGUCAUCAUCCACAUCAUCAGCAUCGAUGUCGUUACCAUCGACGUCCUCCGCUAUGAUCGGUAACAAGCCGACGGCCAUUGUCACAGGCAUCAACAAAGCAGAAAGGGACGUUCAACCCAUUAAUAUAUCACUGACUGAUAGUGCACCACCAGUUUUUGAAAAGGAGAAUGUGAAUAUUGCAAGGGAAGACUCAGAAACAAACUCUAUCAAGGAGAAAUCAGAGCGAGAGCUACUUGAAAAGGACACUGUGAUCAGUUCUGGAGGAGAUCAGCAGAAAUCCGAGUCCAGGUCAUCAUCGCUGACUUCCUCUCCCGCAAGGUCUUCGAUAUUCGCUCAGUGGAAGACGCGAGAGGCAGAAAGCCGGAAUGGCGGAUCGUCUUCAGGUUUCUCCUCAAGGGCUGAAAGCAGGAAGCUGCGGGACCAUCCUUUCAAGGAUCAGUUUGAGUCUCCCAGCCGAUCCUCCAGCGGGGAGAUCGAAAUCGCCCCUCAACAGCAGUCAAGGGAAGAUUCCAGGUCAUCGUCCGUCUUCAGGUCGCCGCUGUCCUCGACCUCGGACGACUACGAGGUGGAGCGGUCGCUGAAUUUGGAAGGUAGGGAGGUGAUACGGAUCAACAUGAGCCCCACCCGCCAACCCAGCGCCACCUCCGGUAGUCCCCGGCGAGCACCCGGUGUCUCAGACUCCUCCACCAGACGUCAGAUGAGUGUCUCUAUCGACUCGUCCAGGGCACCUAGCCUUUCGGACACCAACAGACGUAGUGUGAGCGUGUCAGAUGAGAGGCCGUACUCGCCGAUGGCCAGCACCAUUGCUAGUCGAUUCAGUCUCGCAAGCAACGGUGAAAGGAGAAACUUGGAUGAUGAGCCACUUCUAACUUCCAAGGACAUGGGUAUGGAUCAGGAUCCUGAAUCUAGCGAAAGCCGAGAUGACGUAUCCGAAGAAGUGAUCACUCCGAAACGUUCCCCCUCAAUCCAAAACCUACGCAAGGCUUACCUCAGGCAACAGGAAGAGAUCAAGCAACUGAAAUCAAAGAUACUUCUCAAGGACCAGAGGAUACGCCAACUAGAGAGGGAGCUAGAGCAAGCCACGAACGAAUCAUCGGCAUAGACCAAGCGGAAUCCCUAUGCUUUAAAAAGGCCUAUAUCAAAGAUAUUGGUGAAAUGUCUUUCCUAUAUUAUAAAAGGAGGUGCUGCGCUGCAAGCCAUUAUUACACUUAACUCAGUAGUAACCCUUAUUGUAAUUGGUGUAUGCGGUUUAUUGACAUCCAGUCUUUAUAAUUCUUUGAUGAAUAUGUUGAUGAAAUGGCUUGAUAAACUUUAAUGGUUUGUUCAACAUUCCAGCCAUGCAUCGUGGAGAAUGGUAUAAAAGUCCAUCUUGCUUGGUAUGCUGCGUUAGGUAAGCUUUGAAGUAAUGCACCAGCUGCAUGUAAGCGAUAGAGAAGCGUCAAGUGUUUAUUGUUCUAAAGCUUUGGUUUCAGGGAGUUGAGACCAUUGGGUAAUGGGUGCUGUCUGUCAGAGUAGAAAUGUGUAUGUGACCAAUGGAUGUUACGUAAUUAUCUGUUAUAUUCCACCCAUUGCGUCAUACGUUACAGUUAUCAUCUCACUUUCCUCGGUCCACCAAUGCCCGAAGCAGACAAAGGAAUGCUUAUGCUGGGUCAUCUUUAAUCUGCUGAUCCUCAAAGAUACAACUAUAUCACAAUUGUAUCUAAUAUUUUAUGGGGCUUUUUUGCGAAGUCCAUUGUUUUCAAAUUAUAAUCUUCUCCCCAUGAGUGAGUACCUCCUAUUGACUGUUUGGAACAUGCAUUGUUGUUCUGUUGAACAUCGUCAGUAAACAUUUGACAUGGAAUUUUCUUAUAUUACUCUUCAAGAAUCAAGAUUCAUGAUUAGAUUCAAGGUUAAGAUUCAAUAUAUCUUGUGAAAAUUUCCAAUUUACAUUCCAUGACAUAUUGUAGGAAAAUUUUCCAAUUGCAAUAUUCUCCUGUGGCCAAAGACAUGCCCCUUAUCAAAAACUUACAUCUAUUUGACAUUGAUGGUGAUAUUUUGGAUGCUUUUGAGUUUUUCAAAUGGAGAAUAUAGAACUUGUGUAUUUGCAUGUGGGAUAUGUUUUCCGUGCUUUUCUCACCUAUUACAAUUUAUGUACCAUACAUUGGUUCAUUUUUUUCUUUUAAAUUGAAUUCCUUGCACUAUGAAUUCAGGUAUCAGUUUCUUUGAAUGCUGUGGAGCAUUUUUAUAUUCAAUUAUUCUUCAUAUCUUUCAAAUGUACCUAAUGUGAAUGAAUCUAUUAAAAGCACAAUAUCUUCAUAUAUUAUCAUUAUUUGUUUGUUAUUUCUCAGCCAUUGACAAUCACGUGUAUAUUGUUGGCUUAUGACUGCAUUCAAUGUUAAAUUGGUCAAUGGGAUCAAUUUUACUUGUUUUUUGUCACUUUUAAAGAUAUGCAACAAAAAACACAAUACCUCACAUUGGCAUCAAAAUGGUUUAAUUUGAUAUUUUAUUGCAUUUUUAGUUACUUUAUAAAAUAACUACAAAAUGCAGGUGUAAGUUUGUGGUAUAUGCAGUACAGGGGCAUUGCUAGUUGCUAUUGAUUGCAAAUGUCAAUUACAAAUUUGCUGGUAAAUACGUUGCAUGAAAAAACUUGUAAUCAAUGGUGAAAUUGAAAUUGAUUGCAAGAUUUGUGAUUGUUUUGGGGCUUGAAUUGAUUUACAAUCAAUUACAACAUUUAUGACUGAUUUGGGAUAGAAAUUUAUCUCAAUAUUUAUGAUUGAUUUGGGAUUUAAAUUGGUUGCAAGUUUCUGACAAUGACUGAAUCAUUUCAGAGUGUUGUAGAUGAGUGUAAUGUUGAAGUAAAAAAUACUACUUUUUGAGAUGAAUGUCGUAUUGAGGAAUAGAAUUUCUGGACAUGGAAUUGAGAGAGAGCUCAAAAUUAUUUUGUAUGAAACACAGUUCACUUAGGAAUAAUGAUGUUUUAUAUCAAAGAUUAUUGAUGUUAUUCUGUGCCAAAGAAUGAAUUGCCAUAAAGAAAACAUUGUUUUAAAAAAAUCAGUGAUUGCUUUUAGCGGUGAAUGGUGAGAAAUGUGCGGACAGAAUAGAUAUUUUAAUGUGAUUAGUUGAGUUGCAAUGCAAUAUUUAAAACUGUCGCUUAUCUUCUUGUAUAGGAUUUUUAAUGGAUAUUUUUAUGGUGGGCUUUUAUUGUGUAUGUAUAUGUUUUGCUUUACAUAAUCCAAUUAUAAAGGUAUGUUAGAUGGUUGAAAAUUUUGCAUGUAACAUAUCUUGUUGUUCAUUCCUCUAAUUUGAAAUUCUUUUAAUGAAAUAAAAGUAAACUUACAUAUAGAGUCAAAUGUGAUUUUCGUCUUUAAUUGUAAUACAUGUAUCUGGAACCCCAGUCAUGCAAAGAUUUGUGAUAGAUUAAGAAAUAUGAAAGCUCCUUUCUGAUUGGUCCCUGGUCAGUGCUUUGAACUAAGUGCACAUGCAACAACAAUCUUGAUUGGUCAUUGCACUUAAGUGAUUUAUCGCAAAGCUUUGUUAUGGAGCCCAGGUCACAUUAAAAACCUGUAAUGAAUAAUAACUAAUUCAACCAAAGAGAGUGUCUUUCGUAGCAUUGCUAGGAAUUCUCCUUUUUUUAUCUUCUCCAAAUUUUUUUUUAUGAUCAAUAAGAGUUUCCUCCAAAUGUCACAAUACUUCUUUCAAACCAAGGUCUGUAUUGUAUGUGUACAGUUAGAACAUGUUUUAGCUGUCAUUUCAAUUGUAUAGAAAUAAAAUAUUGUGUAUUCACCAAUUGUCAGCACACAUUUUUUUAUGGAUGUUGCUAUGGAUACAUACUGAGCACAGAGUUUACGGUUCAAGUCUUUUCGGCACCUCUUAUCAUUGCAUUUUUCUACAAUUGCCACUCUUGACCCUUGUGUUGAAUGGCUUCUGGUAGGAUGGAAUUCUUUAUUAAAACACUGAGCACCAUUAUAGUUAGCCUAGCUGAGUUCGAGUCCACCUGAUUUGAGUCCCUGGAGAUCUUGCAGAUGUGUGCCAGUAUUUUAAAAACUAUUGUAUCCCAUUUUAAAGCCAAAUAUAUAGUGCAGUGUCAAUUUUUCAUUCCAAUUCUUAAAGGGGAGUCCAUCCUUGGUCAUAAAAUGUUU